CAAAUCAGAUGGCGUAACAAUUUGUACGCCACUUGAAUACACAGGAGUUUCCAAGCCCUGCUUUGUCAUGGACGUGCAAGCUUCUAAUGGUUCGUACUUGUUUUCCUACGCUAUGUGAUAUCUUCGCGCGUUAAAUUGCAUCGUAAUUUAUGAUCCUGGAAUUGAAUACUUUAUACAGGAUAUGGUGUAUCUGCAAAGAGAAGCAUUACCUCUUGAAAAAUGUAUCCCAGUGGAAAAGGAAUGGAUAUUUGUAUGAAUUCAGUGUAUGCCUCCAUCCCUGGAUUACCGGAACUAGGGAUGGUAUGGAUGGGCGAUAUGAUGGUACAUGGAGAACCUACUCAUGAACUCAUGUUGGAUCCCCGUCAAGCUGAAAGUCCAUUUUUCUCCCAUGGCUCAAAUCCAUAUGAAGACAUUAGGAAUCAUCAACUCGCACCCACUAUGGUACGAUAUUUACCACCACAGUUUUCUAAUGAAUGCUCGGAACCAGAUGAAGCUAUGGAGGCCGUUGAUGUUCAAGAAAUGCAACAAGAAUAUGAUUCUCAAUCUGAAAGGCAAGAAAUGACAGAAUAUUUAACAUUAGAAGAUUAUAUGGGUGAUGAAGAAAGAGAGCAAGUCGUAACAAAUGCAGCUACACAAACUACUCAGGACAAUCGUAAUAGAAAAAUAAAACCUAUAAAACAUCCUGGACUUGUUUUAAAAACCCCAAUUGCGUAUCAGCCACAUACAGAUUUAAAUUUUAUUCCCAUUCGUAAAGAUGGUAUAGCUGUUUGUGAAAAAUGUGGUGCUAUUGGCGUAAAACAUGCAUUUUACACAAAAGAACGCAGAUUUUGCAGUAGAGCAUGUGCACGAUCUUCAGAACACACUGCUCCCACUGCAGAUUCUACAUAUAGUCCAUCUCAUUCCAUAGAAGCACCCACAUCUGUAAAUCCAAAUUCACCAAAUGAAUCGAAAGUAAUAAAACAUACUAUAAUUAAAGAAGAAACUGAUAUAAAGGAUCACAUUGAAUUCGAAAAAGAAAAGGUUAUAUCUGAACCAGUGAUGCCCGAGGAUUUACCUGUAAGAAGGAAAAGAACUGCUGAAAUGGCAGGAUCUUAUGAUUGGACUCCACAACUUGUAGAACCUGGAUUCUGUGCUGCUCCAGUAUCUUGCUUUAAACAUGCACCUAUAUCAGAGAUAUGGGAUAAUAUAACAGUUGGAAUGAAAGUUGAAGUUGAAAAUACUGAUUGUGAUGAAGUAUGUGAAGCUUUCCCAGACUCUUUUUGGGUAGCUACUGUAUUACGUAUAUCUGGAUAUAGAGCUUUAUUAAGGUAUGAAGGUUUUGGGCUUAAUGCUGAUAAGGAUUUCUGGGUAUCGUUGUGUUCGAAUGACAUACACCCAGUAGGUUGGUGUGCAACAAUUGGAAAACCUUUAAUUCCACCCAACACAAUUGCUAACAAAUACAAAGACUGGAAAGACUUUCUAAUGAGGCGAUUGACCGGUGCAAGAACACUGCCAACUAAUUUUUAUAAUAAAGUUAAUGAUAGUAUGAAGUCGCGCUUCAGAUGCGGACUUCAUUUGGAAGUAGUAGAUAAAAAUAGAAUCUCACAGGUAAAAGUAGCAACAAUACAAAAGAUUGUUGGGAAACGUUUACAUGUAAGAUACUAUGACUCACCACCUGAGGAUAAUGGUUUUUGGUGCCACGAAGACUCUCCCCUCAUACAUCCUGUUGGCUGGGCCAAGAGGGUAGGACAGACGUUGGAUGCGUAUCCUGAGUAUUUGGAACGUGUAUCGAAAUCAAAAUUAUGUGAAGAUGAUUCCACAGAAGAUCUUUUUUAUGUGCCAAAGAACCAUCACUUGCAUCUCUGUUACACAUUUAGAGAAGGAAUGAAAAUAGAAGCCAUUGACCCACUUAAUCUUUCUGCCAUAUGUGCAGCAACAGUUAUGCAAGUUUUGAAGGAUGACUACAUAAUGAUUCGUAUAGAUAGUUACGACGAGGAUGCAAGUGGUGCUGAUUGGUUUUGUUAUCAUUCAUGUUCACCUUGCAUUUUUCCAAUCGGAUUUUGUUCUCAACACGGUUUACCCCUUACACCACCAAAGGGUUAUGAUCCUACAACAUUUACAUGGGAUGCAUAUUUAACAGAGACAAAUACCAUACCUGCUCCUGUGCAAUUAUUUAAUAGGGAAAUACCUCAACAUGGAUUUAUUGAGGGAAUGCGGCUUGAAGCUGCUGAUUUAAUGGAUCCUAGAUUAGUUUGUGUUGCUACUAUUACUAGGGUGAUUGGAAGGUUAUUAAGAGUACACUUUGAUGGUUGGGAAGAUGAAUAUGAUCAGUGGUUAGAUUGUCAAAGUCCUGACAUUUAUCCUGUCGGGUGGUGCGAUCUAGUUGAUCAUAAAUUAGAAGGGCCCCGUGUACUCAAUAAAAACACUAGUCCUACUGUAAAAUCACCAAGAGGCCUUAAACGUAAAGCUAAGAGAAAGUUGAAAAAAAGCAGCAAAGUAUCCUGCGCGAAGAACAUUCUACCUCGGCACAGUGAACGUAUUAGCAUGGCUCGUGAACGCGAACGUGAAGUAGAGCCAGCUCAAGGGGUAAAAAUUGAAAGAGAACGCGAUGUGGAAAGCUUACCAGAACAAAGAAAUAGAGAACCGGAGCCGGCAGAGGAGCCUGCUGGACCUGAUCAAACAUUACCUAGUCCUACCACUGGACAAGGUCAGACAUUAAAUGAUACUCAAAGCGAGAUACAAAGCCCUCCACCGCCGAAAGAAAGGACUGCGACAUCGUACAUCAAUGUGACGUCUGCCUCUAGUAAAUACAUCCCAAGGCUAGCAGAUGGUGUUCAGAAAAGUUCUGAGUCUGGUGAUUUAGUGCCAUCUGAAUGGAAUGUGUUUGAUGUUGCACAGUUCCUUCGUGUUAACGAUUGUGCAACAUAUUGCGAUAAUUUUAGUAAACGUAAAAUAGAUGGGAAAACUUUGUUGACACUCACUAAGGACCAAAUAAUAGACCUGACAGGUUUCAAAGUUGGGCCUUCUUUAAAAAUAUAUGAUCUUAUUCAGCAAUUAAAAAUCAAAGUGAAUCCAGCUCAGGAAAGGUUGAAAUUAGGAAUGAAAAAAUUAUUAUAACAAAGCUAGUAUGUAGUUAAUACCCUGAAUAAGUUCCAUCAUUGCAUAAAAAUAAACAUGGAUUUACAGGUAAGGCAAGUAGACUCAAAUAACACGAAAUUCACAUUUAACGAUGGUCGCAGACAUCGUUUGUUACAUGCUUUAUUAAUAUACUAAUAUAUAGAUAUAUCUAUGUAUAGAUACAUAAGAAAGAGAGAAAGUUAAAGAUAACGGUAUUAUAUUAUGACUCUAAAAAUAAUAGCAUUAAUUUGGAUCAAGAAGAAUAUUUCGUUUUGGUGGAAGAUGUAAAAACUUACGAACUAUAACCUAAUCAUUUUUUUAAAAAUCUGAUUUCAAUAGAUAUUUAUAUCUUUUUAAAACAGUUAAUAUUAAUUGGAUUAUUUUUUUGAGGUAAUGAACAUUAUAAUUAUGGGCGUGUGUAUUUAUUGAAACAUUACACAAUAUAUAUUAUAACCAUGAUAUAUAUAGUAAAAAAAUAAUAAAAGAAUUAUUUAAUAAUAUUUUAUACUAAAUAGGUGCAUUCUAGAAUGAAUUGAUCCAAAUUAAUUUGUAAUAUCACAGAUGUACAAUAUUCAUAUUUCAAUAAGUGAAAAAUCAAAAUUGGCUACACAGAAAUACACAAAACUGUAGGUAAUCGGAGGUAUUGGAGUUCUUUGCACAUAUGUUCCAUUUGUACAUUUUGAUAAAUGUUUAAACAAAUUUCAUUAUUCUCUGUAAACCUUUCUUCGGGGAGCCGUUAUUUGUAAAUCCAUGCUUUCAUGUUGCACGAAAUUGUCUGCAGAUGCAUGAACCACACUUGGAAAUUGACUAAUGUAUAUUUAACAACGUUUUUUUUAAGGGACAGAAAUUAAAAGCAUGUAAUUUAAAAAGGAAAUAUUAAGAGAGUAAAUCAACAAAGAGGUAUUAAAAUAGAAAGUAAAGGUAUAGCAAAAUGACUAUUAAAGUACAAACUAACUCUUGGUAUCAAUUCAUUACAGUUCUAAUCACAUUUGCCUUAAUAAUGCAAUUCGCGAUAUUAAAAUAGUUUUACAUAUUUUAAUAAAUUUGUUGAUUUACUCUCUGCUGUAACCAACAGGUACACUUCUGUACAUAAUUAAAAAAAAUAAUGUAGUCAACUUCUGAUCUUGUAAAUAUAGCAUUUAGCACAAUAUUAGGUAUAGCUAAUUUUUUUGAGGAAAAAAAUGAAGGGAACGUAACUACAGUGUACAAGAGAGAUAACUGUUAGAAAGUGGUUGAUGCAUUUGUAUAUCAGAUAUUGUAUCUAUAUCUAGCUUUAUAAUCCUUACAAUAAAUCAAACCAGUCGAACAUAGUCUAAGACUAAUUUGUCUUAGACUGUUUAAAUACUAUUUUUAGUAUGUCAGAGUAACGCGAUUACUCUUCUUAUUUAUUCAACGUUUUGGAAUCUCAGUAGGUACUAAUUUAGUUUAGUACCAACACUUUUUUUAGUAAUUAGUCCGUGAAACGUUAGACAGAAAAAAUUUAAUUAGGCAACUACAUUUUAUUGCGCCAAUCAUAUCAAGAUUUUAAUUUCCUUUUGUACAAUGAAACAUUUCCUCUUUUUCGUUGACAUGCAGUUUCAUGCAAACAUUGUAAGAAGUUUAUUAAUUCGGAGAAUAUUAGAUAAUUACGUCUACUAAUCAAAGACAAAGUAGCAACGUUUUCUCAAUCUAUUAAUAUGUACAAAUUGGGAGGCAUUAUAAAUAGUAUCACAGUUACAAACUUGAAAAAUGUUUGUGUUUUGUUUUAGAGACACUAAUCACAUAACUGUCAGUACAAAAAAAUUAAUAUCAUAAGUGGAAAACAAGUUAUAACUACUUUUUAUAUGUUACUGAAACGAGUUUUAGAUUUACAAUGAUACAACAUUUAAUGUAAAAUUCAAUUAUAAAAAUCCAUUUUUUGCUAUGAAACAAAACUUAUAAAAUAUGCAAUUUUAAAGUGAUUCUUUCUAUUUAUCCUUAAGUUCUCUGUUUAUUAACACUUGUAUGAGUUAUAUAAACGUUAUGUUUACGUAAUUUUUAUAUAUAUAUAAUUACUGACAAAAAUGAUUCGUGACUUUGGACUUCUUUGAAUGCUGUCCUUAUUCACGUUAAUUGAUUCAUUUAAAAUUUACACGAAAGAUAUGAUUUAUAUUUUCAAUUUUGCAAGCCUAACGUUCAGAUUUUCAAAAUAACCAUUUUCCGGAUUAAUGAAUAACAGACAAAGAUGUCUAUGUUAUUUUCGUUUGCUUAACUGCAUUUAAGACGUAUUCAUAGUUCUCCUUUUUGAAUAUUGAUUAUACAACUUUCAUAUUUUUAAUGAUGUAAUAUAUUAUUAGGAUAAACAAAUGAUACAAACAGUAGCUAUGAAUACUGUCUCCAAAUAUUAUUUUUAGCCCGUCACUAUAUUCAAAUAAACAAAAUGCUACUGUGCCGUUGACGAUGAACAACAGUAUUUAUCGAUAAUACUAAGUUUACAAAAAAAGAACGUCUCUAUUUCCUCUCUUUUUAUUUGUAAGUUUGUCACGCAUAUAUUUCUUUUAUAGAAGUAAAGAGAGAAUGAUUAAAAAAUAAAUGUUUU